GAACACGUCCAGAGCGCGGAACGAUGGUUGCGGAAAGCAAAGCUUCUAACCCCAUGCGGGAUAUUAUGGUGAACAAGCUGUGCAUCAACAUCUGCGUUGGUGAGAGCGGAGACCGCCUCACACGCGCGGCGAAGGUGCUUGAGCAGCUCUGUGAGCAGGUCCCCGUCCUCUCGCGGGCCCGUCUGACCGUUCGCACCUUCGGCAUCCGGCGAAAUGAAAAGAUCGCCGUCCACUGCACUGUUCGCGGGAAAAAGGCGGAGGAGCUGCUCGAGAAGGGCCUCAAGGUGAAGGAGUUCGAGCUGAUGAACUACAACUUCUCGGAUACCGGGUCGUUUGGGUUCGGCAUCAGCGAGCACAUCGACCUUGGGAUUAAGUACGAUCCGUCGACCGGGAUUUACGGGAUGGAUUUCUACGUCGUCCUCGGCCGCCGUGGGGAGCGCGUCGCGCACCGCAAGCGAUGCAAUGCGCGCGUUGGCCACAGCCAUCGCCUCACGAAGGAGGACGCGAUGAAAUGGUUCGAGAAGGUCCAUGACGGUAUCAUCCUCAAGGGCAAGAAGGUCAAGAGGGUCUCGCACCGCCGCCGUCGUUAAAUUGAAAAAAUAAAAAAAACGCUUGGUGUUUGGUUGCCUGGGGAAAUAGAAAAGAGAUGGUCAAAAGGGGGUGGAAGGAAUGUCGUUGAUCAGGAUGCCGUCUUUGGAGAUGGUCUUUCCUCUGUUGGGCGUCUUUCUCUUUCCCCAUGGAUUUCCUUCUUCGACUGUGGGGUACUCAAAAAACUAUUUUUGUUUUUUUUUAUUACUGUUAACUUUCAGCUUAAAAAAUGGGAUCCCCUCUUCUGAAUUUGUCGGGAGGGGAUUCUCUACUUUUGUCGUGAUUUAGUUCCCCAUUUAUGUGAAGAAUCAGUAGAUGAUGUUUGAACAAAUCCUUUUCUUCCCCAUUCUCUUUCCUAUUUUCCCUUAUUCAUAAAGACAAUGAAGUAAAAUUGUCUAAAGUAUGGAAAAGGAAAAUGGCUGUUAGACACAUUUACGUACUUCUAUUAGGAUGAACAAGUAUCGAAUAGGGUAUUCAUCAGAAAAAGAAUAAAAAAAGGAUUAACGCUCCAACAAAAAUAUUGAGUUUCGUAGCUGAAUUAAACUCAGAUGCAUGUUCAACUACCUCCACUGCACGUACACACACACACACACCGACACGAGUGAAAUUUGAACGAAGCGGAGCAGUUAUUUAUCACCUUGAAAAGGUUCAACCGCACUCCUUAUUGAAGUUAUUACAAAAGAUAACUUGAGGAAAUAAGACAAAGUUUACGGGUUCGUCCAUGUGCGAGGAGCUCUUCAUGAGAAUAGAAAAACAUGGGAAA